UAACGUCAGUUAAGUUUGAAAACAUGAUGUACAAAAUACAAAACCGGCCUCAUUUAUUCGGCUUUUCCAACAAACAAGUCUUCGCGGUAAUGUCGUUUUUUGUGUUCGCGGUAAUGUCGUUUUUUGUAUUCGCGGUAAUGUCGCUGUAUCAUUUUGUAUGAAACAUGAAUUAUAUGCAUCAUUGUUACGCAACGAGAAAUAUUAUAAAUUAAUUGGUAUAUAUACUGAAUAUGAACAUCUUUUACAUGAUAUCCAAGAAAAUAUUCAAUUUUUAAUAAAACAAUCCGAAGCCUAUAGUUUAUUUGAUCAAGAUGAAAAAUCAAUGAAAAAUUUAAAUAGAGAAUGGGAUGAAUUUAAAUUUUUUCAUAUUAUUAAAAUAUUUUUAUCAAAUAUAAAACAUAAUACAGACACGGCUAAAAAGGAGAUGACUGAAAUAUGUCGAAAUUAUUAUCUUAAUAAGGCAUUAAGAACAGAAAAUUUCGAAGCUUUAUAUACAUUAAGAUUUUUUAUCAAUGAUCUUUGUUCAAAUCUUAAUAAAAAAUAUCCAGAACUUAAACAACGUCAAAAAGAUAAUCCUAUUAUAGUAUCAUAUCGUGGAUUAAAAUUGACAUCUUAUGAAAUUUAUAAUUUUAAGCGUAAUAUUGGUCAAAUGGUAUCGACAUAUGGAUUUUUAUCGACAAGUCGUUCAAAAGAUGUUGCCUAUUCUUUUGCUAAAAAAUGUUCAAAACGUUUAGAUGUUGAAAUUGUUAUGCUUGAGAUUGAAGUUAAUACUGAAUUAAUAACAGCGGCAUUUGCUGAUAUAGCAGAAUAUAGUGAUUACCCAGAUGAAGAAGAAGUGUUAUUUGAUUUGGGUGCUUCAUUUACAAUAACCAAUGUCAGUUAUAUUGAUAAUGAAAAAAUUUGGUUAGUGAAAUUGAUUGCAGUACCAACACAAGAACUAUGGCCAGCCGAAAUUUAUAAUUAUCUUGGUCAAACUUAUUUUCAACAAGGUGAUUAUGAAAAUUCAUUAAUUAAUUAUCAUCAUGCAUUUGAUGAAUAUUUAAAUAAUACUGUAUCUCCAAAUAUGUAUCAGGCAUCAUCGAUAACAAAUAGUGUUGGUGUUAUCUAUCAUCAGAAAGAUAAUUAUGAUGAAGCAAUGAAAUAUUAUACAAAUGCAUAUAAUAUGAGAAAAGAAAUUUUACCAAAAGAUCAUUGUCAAAUAGGACAAUCAUUGAAUAAUAUUGGUUGUAUUUAUAAUGAAAAAAAUGAUUAUGAAUAUAUUCGAGAAAAAAAUCUUAAUUUUGUAUUUCAAUAUGGAGAGUAUCGUGAUACUUUAUUACAUCUAAUUGAAAUUUAUGAGAAAAAAGAUGACAAUGUUGCAAAAGAGUUAUGUAUGAAAAAAUUAUAUAAUUUAGCAGAAAAAGUACUUAGUACAAAAACAUUAGUUGAUAAUACGAAGCAAUUAUCAGUUCAUGAAGUUCUUGCUGCUCAUAGUGAUGAUGAUAAUAGUUUAGAACAUUUAUUGAAAAUGUUAAAAAUAUAUGCAAAAAUUCAACCAAUUAAUUAUGAAAAAAUUGCAGAACUUCAUAAAACUGUUAGUAAUGUUUACUAUAGAAAAUGUGAAUAUAAUUGGUCUAUCGAACAUUUUCAAAAGGCCAUAGUUACAUAUGAAACAUAUUUAUCAGAUCAUUACAAAGAAAUUGCACAAUGUCAAUUUAAUAUUGCUCUUAUAUAUAUUGAAAAAAAACAUGAUUACGAUCUUGCUCUUAAUUAUAAUUUGAAAGCAUUACAAAUAAGAGAAAUGCAUUUACCAAUGGCUCAUAUUGAUAUUGCACAUAGUCAUAAUAAUAUUGGUUCAUGUUAUUAUAAUAAAAUUGAAUUUGAUAAAGCAUUAGAACAUAAUAUAAAAGCAUCAGAAAUAUAUGAAAAAAAUUUACCAAAUAAUCUUGAAGAUUAUGCACAAUGUCAUUGUAAUAUUAGUUCAUUUUUAUUAAAUAAAGGACAAUAUAAUCAAGCUUUAGUACAUGUAAUAAUAUCAUUAAAUAUUAGGGAAAAAAUUUUAUCAGAUGAUAAUAUUAAUAUAGCAUUUUAUCAUCAUAUUAUUGGUACUAUUUAUUUUCAUAAAGUAGAUUAUAAUUUAUCGUUAGAACAUCAUAUAAAAUCAAUGAAAAUUUUUGAAAAAAUUUUACCUAAUAAUCAUCCAGCUAUUGCACAAAUUUAUUAUACUAUUGGUGAAUGUUACUGUAAAUUAAAUGAUUAUAAUCUAGCAUUAGACUACAAUAUUAAAUCAUUGAAACUAAGAGAAAAUAUUUUACCUUCUAUUCAUAUACAUUUAGCACAAUCACUCAGUAAUAUUGCAAUUAUUUAUUCAAAAACACAAAAUUAUCAAAAAGCUAUUGAAGAUUGUACAAAAUCAUUAGAAAUAUGUAAUCAAUUGGUACCCUCUGAAACUUCUGAAAUUGCUAGCUGUCUUGAAAAUAUUGGUGAAGUUUAUAAUCUUCAGAAUAAUCGAGAUAUUGCUCUUGAAUUUUACACUAAAUCUUUGGAAAUGUAUAAAAGAAUAGUAAUUGAUCAUUCAAAUAUUGAGCGUAUACAAAGUAUUGUCAAUACUAUAAGAAACACGAAAGUCUAA